AUGGGCUUCACUCUGGACUGCAGGCCUCGCUUCGACCCUCCGAUACCUGCAAACUAUUUUGGGAACUGCAUAGCCGGCCGUGUAAUAGUUGCAGAGAGAAAAGGGCUUCUUGGAGAAGAUGGGUUGACCGUGGUGGUCAACGAAAUCAGUGAAGCUAUAAAAAGCGCGGAUGGUGAUGGGAUUUUGAAAGGGGCAGAGACUUUGCUUGCAAUACUUUAUUCUGCUGUGAGGAGUGAAAAGAGAUCUAUGGGUGUUGCUGGUUCACCAAGGUUUGGUAUUUAUGAUACAGAUUUUGGAUGGGGAAGGCCAAGCAAGGUGGAGGUGGUUUCAAUCGAAGAGACAGGAGCCAUGUCCCUGGCAGAGUCUAGGGAUGGUGUUGCUGGAGAUGUUGAGGUUGGUUUGGUUUUGGAAAAACAUCAUAUGCAAGCUUUUGCUUCUGUGUUUGCUAAAGGGCUUCAAGACCUUUGA